AUGGCAUCGCGGGUGCUCUUCGUGCCCAAGCGGCCAGAGGCCGAGCCGAGCUCCGAUGCCAUCUACGCCGAGUACUCGAUGCAAUGCCGCGACCGCGUCAAAGCCGAUCCGGCCGUGCAGACGCUGCUCCACGCGUUCUGGGACGUUGCGGCGAAAGACGUGCACGGCUUUAUCCACCAAGAGGCCUAUCUGGAUGUGAUGCAGCGUAUCGCGUAUGCCAUGGUCGCGAAUGCGACGCCCGAGACGGCGCGCGACCUCGUGGCGCGGGACUGGGCCAACGACGCGUUGAACCAAGAACACAUGCAUUUCAGCACGUUUAUGGACGCGCUCUUUGAAGUCUGCGACCACUGGGUGCCCUACGUGGACCCGCGCGAGUAUGUACACUUGCUAACCGCGCUGCAGUCGAUGGUGCUACGCCCCAACGCGGCGGACAUGGCUGCCGUGCUGCCCGAAGACCAGCCGAUGCUGGACGGAUGUUUGCCGCGCGUCCUCGCGCCGCUUGACGACAUGACACGCUUCACCAGCAAGGCGUUGACGCCAGGGCUCGAGGAUUCGUACCGCAACGGCGUCUGGCUGGUCGCGACGACCAUCGCGCCCGAGGCAAAGUCGCUUUCGUUCAAAGCGCUGCUAUGCACCAACCACGCCAAGGUGUUUGGUGCGUUCUCGCAAAAGAUCGUUGCGUCGGCCAAGGCCAUGUCGGAAGGAGCGUUUUCGGAUUUUGCGCACAAAUUCAAAGCCAACGGCGCGAGCUUAAAGCCGCUCAAGCCCGUCGAGCGCUCGAACGAAGGCAGUCGGUACCGUGUGCACUACCUGACCAACGCCCGCCAUGACGAUGCGUGGGACCCGGCGCUCGCGUCCAUUGCGCAGCUCUUGGAGCGACGACCGGGCAUCUGCGUCGUGGGGCCGCCCGGUGUCGGCAAGACCCGCUUGGCGCGCUCGCUCGCGGCCGAGCUCCACCUCGAGUACAUUGGUUUGGCGACGACGCUCGAACAUGUGUUGCAGCAGCCGCAGCCAACGGCCGAAGAAAUAUUCGAGAGCGACCUCCUCCAGCUCAAGCAAAAGGUCAAGACCAUGCUGCGCCGUGGCCAGAUUGUGAGCCGCGAGUACGCGAUCGACCUCGUGGUCGACUACAUCAGCCACAAUCUCCAAGAAUGCCAGGGCUAUGUGCUCGACGACGUGUACCCGCACGAAGUUGUUGCGCUCCGCGAUGCCAAUGCCAUGGACAUGAGUGUGACGCACCUGCUGUGUCUUCGCGGGACACUCGCCAACGUCGAGGCGCAUGUCGCUCAUUUGGUGAUGGACCCCAAGACGCGCACGAUCUUCUCGGCCCGCGACCGCACCGCCGCGAGUGACGAGAACGGCUUUGCCCACACGUAUGUCGAGCCCGAGCCGUCGGCUGUCGCGGUCGAGGCACCGCCAAUCGCACCUCUUCCGACCGACGACGCAGUUGCUGACGACGACGCGUCACCGCGCGACGACGACGAGGAGGGUGUCCGCAACGAGCCGCCGGCGGAUCCGAGUGCACCUUUUCGUGUGCCAGCCUACGAGCUCUCGCGGCUCGACAAGUACGCGCCAAUGCCGUCGAGUGACCGAUGCUUGAGCGUGGCGUCCAUCUAUGAAAAGCACCUCUCAAAAGGCAUGCAAGACUUCGACACGGGUGUGAGCAUGACUACGCAGCUCAUCAAGACGCAGCUCACGAUCGUCAAUGUGGUCUUCCACCAGUCGCCCAAUGGUGUCUUGCAGCACGCCGUGCAUGCGAUUUCGGGGGCGCACCCCCCGCUGUCGCGCCUCCCGCCGUCGCUCUCGGCCGUCCGUGUCGUGAUGCCGCCACACGUUCUCAGUCAGCCCCGAGACGAACAGCUCCGGUGGCUUCUGUACGGCGAGCUGCCCGUGCGAAUCGACGACCAAGCGCGGCUGCCACCGAACGAGCCCCGGACGCUCUCCGUGUACCGGUCUUUCUGUCCCGUGCUAUAUCGGUCGGGCGAAGUGGUCCCUGGUGUGCCUGAAUUCCACGCCUUCUUCGCUGGCCGGCUGUAUGUGAUGGCGUCCAAAGAAGCACAAACGGCUUUUCUUCGCCACCCGCACUCGGUGUUGCGGCACUUGGUCGGCAGCAAUGGAGUGCCGUCGUACCCAAGCACGCCGCUGCCGACCAAGCUCUGGGUACUCACGUCGACGCCGUCGUGGCGUACGGACCAUCCCAUGUACAUGGCCGUGCUUGCUGCCUUCGCGCAGAUGCUGCAUGUUGAGACGUUGGAUCCGCUCUCGGUGCUCCGGUCGCCGUCGCUCAACUCGCUGCACACGGUCGUGCUGCGGGAAGGCCUGAGCAUGUCCCACGCCAUGGCAACGCAGCUCGUGCUGGACGAGACGUUCUCGCGGAGUGGGUACAUUCUGCAUGAUUUACCGCUCGACGAAGCGACGGUGCGUGCGAUCGAGUCGACCAAUGCGUCGCUGGACCUCGUGCUGGUGCUCGACCCGCCCAAGACGCCCAACGCGGCCGAGACCGGCUACAGCGAGAGGCUCCAAAAGGUCCUUUUACAACUGGACAAUACGAUCCCGGUGGCCACGGUGGCGAUGGACCCCACUGCCACUGCCGACGAGAACGUGGCUGCGAUUGUUCGCGCACUCCACCCGCUCGAUCGGAACCGCGUGGACGGGCCCGACGACGGCUGCACCAAGCAGGACGAAAGCAGCAAACCGUGGGGCGCCACGGGCCGCUUCUGUCCCGUGACCUACUGGAACAGAGCCAGUUUGCAUCGCGUCGUGCCCGGCAAGGCCGAGUACGUGAGCUACGUCGACCAGGCCAAGUACGCAAUGGCGGGCCCCAAGGAAAAGACCAUGUUUGAUCGGAACCCGCGCCGGUACCUGCCGACAGCGCAUAGAACGGAGUUUCGACCUAUGGUGUGGCUGCAUGGCAUCACGGGCUCGGGCCGCGCGACGCUCGCCGCGCACCUCGUCGAGGCCCUUGCCGACGAGCCGACAAGCGUUUUGGACUUGGCCGGUGUCGCCACGGCAACCGCCAAGACCAUUCGACUGCAGCAGCAUGCCUUGGGCGACGGCGAGACGCUGGACGAAACGAGCAUGGCGCAAUUGUACGUUGUAGCGCUCCAGCAAGAGUUGUCGCGCCAUGCAACGACCGGGUCGAGUAUCUGCCUCGCGCCAGGGCUGGGCCCGAACCGGCUUCCCAGUCGCGAGCUUUUGACACUCUGCGCGGAGAAGCGUUGGCUGCCGCUGCUCGUGGUGCCUCUUGCGAUCGACGAGGCGGCGAUCGUGGCCCGGCGCAUGCGCCAGUGGGUGUACACGCCGCCGCCUGCAGAGUCAGCCGACGACGACGGUGCCGAGCCGGAGGACCACGAACUGAAGAAAGAACGCUUGGCCGCCGAAGAAGCAGCGGCCCGCGACGAGGCGUCGCAAGCGAUUUCGAGUGAUGUGGCCGCGGAGCUCGAACUCUACGCCGCGGGCCUUGCGUUCUUUCAAGAGGUCGGUGUCGAGGUGGCAUCGCCGAUUGACGCUACCCGGGGCCCCCUUCGCGUCCUCAAAGAGGCCUUGCGUCGCUUAGAGGACCACGUGCUCACGCGCCGCCACCAGCUUUUUUGUGCCCCCGAGCGACUGCCUCUCACGCGCCUUGGACCGCUGCUGGCGGCGGGGUACAUUGCAUUAGGGCACCACGGACCGUACUGUCCCGUGAGCGACCAUCCGAUUCCAACGCGGCACGCCCCCGAGGCGGUGCUCUACCGCCGUCGCGUCUACGUGCCCAAUCGCGAUGCUGUAGCCGCCUUUGUAGCGACACCCAGUGCCGGCAAGACGAGCUUGGCCAAAGCACUCGCUCGCAUGCACCAAUGGGUCUACCUGAGUCUGGACAAUAUCCUCCAAUGGGUGGUCCGUUGCCAAAACGAGACCGAGCUCUACGUGGCCGUCUCCGAGUUCAUUGCAGCACGGACGCCGUGCUUGGUCAUUGACGUGGAUCUCGUGCCCGACAACCUUUUGCUGCAAUGCGUCCUCUUGCGUAUCCAGGCCUUUGACAUCCAGCAGUCCGGCUACGUGCUCGACGGCUUUCCGAGUACGCUUCGGCAAGCGACACUCUGGGAAGGCCUCCAGCGCACUGAGCCAUCGAUGCCGAUGAGCAUCUUGGUCCUUGACGCGUCUGUGACGAGCAUCCUGCGCCGAUCGCCGCCUCCGUCGCACGUCAAGUUUCUCAAGGCCAUGGCACAGUGGCAGCUUCACCGUUUGCGCUUGCUUGUGCUGUAUGCCACGACGUAUGGCGUCGGGUAUCUCAAAGUGCUCAACACGAACGGCCGCAGUGUCUGGCACGUCCUCGCCGAUGCAUCCGAGCUGCUUGCGCGGGUCGUCGGCGCGACCAAUGGAUACAUGCAAGCCGUGGCGUCAGGUGGCGCGGCGCCGCUCGAGCACGUCCGCUUCUCGCAAGUGUACCUGGACUCACAUACGCAUCUGCGCCUCGGAGGGCUUUGCCCCGUGACGCUCACGGUUGCUCACGAACGGUACUCGAGUCUCCAAGUCGACCGCCGAUUCUUGGCCGAGUUUGAACACGUCAACUACUGGCUCGCGGACGCGGCGGCGCUCGACGCCUUUCUCUUGCAGCCCGCCAAGUACCUUGAGAGCCGCGUGCUCCUCCAGCAAGCCAAACUGCCCAUCGAUAUGGCCAUGGGGAGCAACCUCACGACGGGCGCACCGCCCCGUCUCGGCUUUCAAGGCUACUGUGCGGUCACCUAUGCAGACGGGAACGGGCCCGCCGACUGGUCGUCGCUCCGGAAAGGCUCCAAGUUCAUCUUGGCGGCGUUCGAUGGCACGGUCUAUGCCUUCACGAGUGUGGCGGCGAAGAGCCGAUUUCUGCGCGCGCCUCUGGUGUAUACGGCGCUGUCGCUGCCGACAAAGCUACCGCCCAUUAUCGACGAGACCGCCCGGCACCUCCAUGUGACGAUGCCGGGCAAGCUCGAGCAGGCCCUCAGCCAUAUCACCGAAGAGGCGCUCGUGGCGCUUGGGCACGAGCGUGUCAAGUUCCCCGGCGUCUCGGUGCGCGCGUCUGCGAUUCAGUUUGCCAGCCAGCUCCCGGCAGACGUGGCCGCGCUCCUCCAGGAGUACAUCAACGACUGCCGCCUCGGCAGCGACAUCAAGGAGAUGGCCAUCCCCGUGGGAUCCGCGAUCAAAGGCGUUCGAAGCGUUCGCAGCAAGGACGGCGACGACCUGAGUGCCAAGUUCGCGCGCUUCGAUGCGAUUCUCUCGUCGCCAAGCGCGCAUUUUCGCGCGUAUGCGACCCAAGCCCUCCUCAAGUAG